AUGGGCAAAGCAAAAAAAACUAGAAAAUUUGCACAAGUUAAACGUUUAUUAAAUCCCAAUGAUUCAAGAUUUCCACAAGUUGCAUCAUCACUUUUCUUUAGGCAUAAUACAGCUUUAGGUCCACCAUAUCAUAUAUUAGUUGAUACAAAUUUUAUAAAUUUUUCAAUUCAAAAUAAAUUGGAACUUAUACAAGCUAUGAUGGAUUGUUUAUAUGCUAAAUGUAUUCCGUGUAUAACAGAUUGUGUAAUUGCAGAAUUGGAAAAAUUAGGUCCAAAAUAUCGAAUUGCAUUACGUGUUGCAAGAGAUCCUAGAUUUGAAAGAUUCAAGUGUACACAUAAAGGCACAUAUGCUGAUGAUUGUAUAGUUCAAAGAAAUAAAUGUUAUAUAGUCGCAACUUGUGAUAAAGAUUUGAAACGACGUAUUCGUAAAAUACCCG